AUGCUGUCUCACGCCGACCUCCUGGACGCCAGGCUAGGUAUGAAAGAUGCUGCCGAGCUUCUGGGCCACCGGGAGGCGGUGAAGUGUAGGCUGGGCGUGGGGGGCUCCGACCCCGGGGGCCAUCCGGGGGACCUAGCGCCCAACUCCGACCCAGUCGAGGGAGCCACUCUGCUGCCCGGGGAGGACAUCACCACAGUGGGCUCUACGCCGGCCUCUCUGGCGGUGAGCUCAAAGGACCCGGACAAGCAGCCGGGGCCCCAAGGUGGCCCGAACCCCAGCCAAGCAGGUCAGCAGCAGGGCCAACAGAAGCAGAAGCGCCACCGGACGCGCUUCACCCCGGCGCAGCUCAACGAGUUGGAGAGGAGCUUCGCCAAGACUCACUACCCCGACAUCUUCAUGCGCGAGGAGCUGGCGCUCCGUAUCGGGCUGACGGAGUCCCGAGUGCAGGUCUGGUUCCAGAACCGGCGAGCUAAGUGGAAGAAGCGCAAGAAGACCACCAACGUGUUCCGUGCGCCGGGGACGCUGCUGCCCACGCCAGGCCUGCCUCAGUUCCCGUCGGCCGCCGCCGCCGCCGCCGCCGCCAUGGGCGACAGCCUGUGCUCUUUCCAUGCCAACGACACCCGCUGGGCGGCAGCCGCCAUGCCGGGAGUGUCGCAGCUGCCGCUACCGCCGGCGCUGGGCAGGCAGCAAGCCAUGGCACAGUCGCUGUCCCAGUGCAGCCUGGCGGCCGGUCCGCCGCCCAACUCCAUGGGCCUGUCCAACAGCUUGGCGGGCUCCAACGGCGCGGGGCUGCAGUCGCACCUCUACCAGCCUGCCUUUCCCGGCAUGGUGCCCGCCUCCCUCCCCGGCCCCAGCAAUGUCUCCGGCUCGCCCCAGCUCUGCAGCUCCCCGGACAGCAGCGACGUGUGGCGGGGCACGAGCAUCGCCUCCCUCCGCCGCAAGGCGCUAGAGCACACAGUCUCCAUGAGCUUCACUUAA